AUGGAAGGAUGCUUUGACAAAAGGACGCGUAGUAAACAAGGACGGCGCAGCGGUGGCGACCGGUUUGUAGGCGCGCGUAUACAAACAAGCGGUGGUGCGGUGGAAAUGUCGCAGGGCCCGUUAGCCCGGGGUCAGGCGUGGCCACGUGAGCUGGCUCCCGUUACCCGGCGAUGGCUGACAUUUGGCUUUUUGCCGGCGGGGCCCAAGGGUGCACUCGCCCAGACGGGGGAUCACCGCGCCACGGACUCCGCUGAGUGUGUCGUGUCUUUAAUUACGAGC